AUGUCUGGAACACGCUCCGAGGGGCUCGGACCGCUGGGCCAGCUGCGCUCGAGAGCGUUUCCCUCUUCCCGGGCUUCGCACCUUGCCAGCUCCGACCAUAUGCGCCUGCGCGACAGAUCUGAGAGCGAUGUCAGCGGCGAUCUCAAGCACUACUACUCUCCCUCAAGCACGAGCCUUGAUCGGGCUACUGCUCUUCGCGAGCUGCAAGUUGCUAUGUUGCGGUCCGGCCGGAUCGAGUUCAGGCGGGCGGGUUCGGCCGCACUCGAGAUGCAAGAAGAGCUGCGAAAGCUGGUAGGGGAUCACACUCCCCCCGCCACGGCCGCCGUCUACAACGAACGUCUCCUUGCCUCUUCAUGCGCCAUCUUUCGCUACGACACCAGCUACAAGGAUGACUUCCUCCGCUUUCAGAACAUUGCCCCUCGCUACAGUGCGGACUCGUCGACCGGGGAACAGCCUCCCGCUGCAAUGUCCUCGAGGCCCAACGCAGCGCCCGUAGCAAGCUGUUCAAGCGACACAAAGAGGAAGCGGGCAAGCGCCAGCAGCAGCAGCAAGGGCCGCAGCGAAGAAGCACCCAAGGCUUUCGUCGUGGCCACCUACUCGUACGAUGAGACGCACAAGGGAUGGAUGAUCCACCUGGCCACCACCCCGUCCAACCCGCUCCCUUCGACCGUUGCGCUCCUGUGCGACCCCAAGACACGCCGCACCGCGUCGACCGCCAAAGACCGGACCGACGGUCACAUUGCCACCGUCGACCGGCGCAAGAAGGACCCGACUUUCGUCAGCUGUCGAGUCACCGACUUUGGCAGGGUCGAGUGUCACUACCAGGCCGCCAUGGAGGGCCUCCUCUCACUCCUUAGCGAGGCCAUCCGACGCUUUUCGUUCUCAAACCACCUGCUCGUCGAUGCCCAUCUCGUCCACUUCUGCGCCUCGGCACCUCAACACGCAAGGCAGCCGGAAGGAAUCUCAAGGACUGGCAACCUCGCCGAUGCAGACGCCGAUACGCUCCUCAUGCGCGGCGAUGGCAAAGUCUGGGACGAAGUCUUGGCUAUCCUCGAAUUCAAGGACGACAAUCGUCCCAAGAGCGGCCAGAACGCCACGAGGCGACCCGCAGCGACGUCCGCCAGCGAUAGUUCUGUCCAGCACGAUGGUACCGAAGCGCUCGGUGUCUCCAACGACGCCAGCAGCAGCGGCGUCAGCGAGUCGACGCGAUCGGGCGGCCAAAGUCGAUCGUCGUCGAACCGCGCCCGCGCAUUCAGCGAGAAUGGUCUCAGUCAGCUGAUGGUGUACGCGCGAUCAAUCAUUGGCUCGAACCCCGGCUUUGCCUCGGUCUACGCCUUCCUGUUCUGUCGUGCGCAGUGUCGAAUCUAUCAUUUCAGCCCUGAUCACGUCGUCCAGAUCUGCAACGCCGGCGUCGACGACGAUCCAGUGGUGCUGUACCGGGCGGCCGCGCUUCUUCUUGGCCUUCAGAUGGACAGCUUCUCUGGAUUCGUGCGCUACCGUCGCGCCGUGACUGUCUCGCCGGACAAGAUGCUCUACAUCCAGCUACCGCCCGAGGAAGCCCGGUCGGACCGACAGUAUCUCGCCGUCAGGAUCAAGGAGACGCCCGUGGUGACGUCCUGCCAUUCCGGCAUCCUCGCGCAUCGGAACACGCAAGUGCUCAAGGCCGAGGUCAAGGCCGAAGGGGAAGACGAGUGGCAGCUGGCGACCAUCAAGGUCAGCUUUUUGACCGAUUACGAUCGCUUCACCGAGGGCCGGGCCCUGCGCAGGCUCAACGCUCCCCUCGAGACCGGUGCCGCCCAGGACGCCAGCACGCGCCAGAAGGACGAGAUCAGGCGCCAGGCCUACCCGCAGCUCAUCGCCCAUGGCACUCUCUACUUCUCCGUCGAAGAGUCUGGCCUGGGCAUCUUCGGCCCCGAGCUGCACAGGGCGGCGACCACGCACGCGAAGUGCUGGCCAGAGGACAGGUUGGGCUUCCGAGUCGAUUCGGCCAACGCGCUCUUCACGCCCAGGACCGGCGCCGAUCGGAAGCCGGCCAUCGUCAUCACGAGGUACCGCGAGUCGGCCGACAUCUCGCGGGUCCCCGCGUGGGAGCUUCCUGCAGUCAUUGCCGACGCCAUCUACACGCUCGACACGGUCGGUCGACCGCGCGAGAUUGCGCACGGCGACAUGUCCAGCGGCAACUUGCGCUACUUUCUCGACCAGGGACCUGGCAGUGUUCCAGGGGAAGCCGACGGGGGAGACGCAGACGAAGGUGAUCAGGGGUCGGCAGCGUCUUCGGACCACCUUGGACCGCCCAUCGCGUUCAUCAUCGACCUGGGCGAGGCGUGGAUCGACGGCCGCCAGGGCGAGGGCCAAAGGGAGCGGCAGACGCAGCGCAUGGCCUUCUCCGGAACACAGCUCUUCUGGCCGCUCAAGGUGUACCGAAACCACGAGGCCUACCUCAAUCUCCAGUUGAUGGAAGACAGCGGCAUCGAGGGCGUGGGGAUGCAGCUCGAGGCGAGUCUUGCGCCGCUCGACGCCAAUGACGACAUUGAAUCGUCCUUGCUGGUCCUCGCCUACGAGCUGGCCAAUCGCCUCGAACUGCGGCACCACAGGACGACUGGCGUCGCGGACGAGGGCGACUCCGAAGCUGAGCGCUGGCGGGCCAUGUCGUUCGCAGAGCGCCUGAGGCACUUUGGCAACAGCACCAGUCGCGUUGCCUUUGUCUACAACACUUUUCGCGAUCCGCGCCCCCCUGGCACUAGCGACGAGUUGGACACCGACGAGCGCGACGAUGCCGGCAAGGCGCUGGGCCGCAUCCGUCGAGACAUGAUGGCAUGCCUGAUGAAGUGCGGGGAGGGCGGCGAGUCGGUGGCCGGCGCCGUGACCGACAUUGUCGCCAUCCUGCGCCGGCUCUCUGACGAGCUGCGUCCGUACGGCGACCUCCUUUCCCCGCUGCGGCUUGGCCCCGUUUACUAG